UCUAUCUAACCCUCUUUGCUUGAAAUGUUUGCAAGGAAAUGUGGUUCAUAUUAACUGUGAAGUACAUAAUGCGUAUCGCUGGUGUUUAUGGUGUGAUGUGAAAACGCAAUGCUACGUAAUUAAGACACAAGUGGUGCAAAUAAGGUGAAUCAUGUCUAUCCCUCCGUACCUUUUGGGGCCCAAUCCAUGGGCUACCAUGAUGGCUCAGCAGCAGGCCCAUGCCCAACUCGCAGCAGCACAAGCUCAUGCCCAGGCAGCGGCACAGGCUCAGGCGGCGCAUCAUGCACACAUGCACGCCAUGGCAGGUCCUCCUCUUCCACAAUUGCCAAAACAACCUGAAGUGUUGUCGGAAGAUAAACUACAGGAAAAGGCUCAGAAAUGGCAGCAGCUACAAUCAAAGCGCUUUGCUGAGAAACGUAAAUUUGGGUUUGUGGAUGCUCAAAAAGAAGAUAUGCCACCAGAGCACAUACGUAAAAUUAUACGAGAUCAUGGUGAUAUGAGUAGUCGCAAGUAUAGGCAUGAUAAGCGAGUUUAUCUAGGAGCAUUGAAGUACAUGCCUCAUGCCGUAAUGAAACUCUUGGAGAAUAUGCCGAUGCCAUGGGAGCAGAUACGAGAUGUCAAGGUCUUAUAUCACAUUACAGGAGCAAUCACAUUUGUCAAUGAAAUACCCUGGGUUAUUGAACCUGUAUACAUUGCACAAUGGGGAACAAUGUGGAUUAUGAUGAGACGCGAGAAAAGAGAUCGUAGACAUUUCAAAAGGAUGAGAUUCCCUCCAUUUGACGAUGAAGAGCCCCCUUUGGACUAUGCCGACAACGUCUUGGAUGUUGAACCCUUAGAAGCGAUACAAAUUGAACUUGACUCGGAGGAAGAUGAAUCCGUGGCAUCUUGGUUUUAUGAACACAAACCUCUAGUAGGCACAAAACAUGUCAAUGGCUCUACUUACCGAAGAUGGAACUUAACUCUUCCUCAAAUGGCUACAUUGUAUCGAUUGGCCAAUCAGUUAUUGACUGAUCUAGUUGAUCAAAACUUUUUCUACUUGUUCGAUUUAAAGUCAUUUUUUACCGCUAAAGCACUAAAUAUGGCUAUACCGGGAGGGCCAAAAUUUGAACCUCUGGUUAAAGACUCCAAUGCUGCCGAUGAGGAUUGGAACGAGUUUAAUGAUAUCAAUAAAAUCAUCAUUAGGCAACCUAUCAGAACAGAAUACAGGAUUGCGUUUCCGUACCUGUACAACAAUAUGCCUCACUUCGUUCAUCUUUCUUGGUACCAUGCUCCUAAUGUGGUUUAUAUCAAGACAGAGGAUCCAGAUCUGCCUGCAUUUUAUUUUGAUCCUUUGAUCAAUCCGAUAUCUCAUAGAAAUACAUUGAAAGCUAUGGAGCCCCAGAUAGAGGAGGACGAAGAUUUUGUGCUUCCAGAGGAAGUUCAGCCAUUCCUUCAAGAAACUCCAUUGUACACUGAUAAUACCGCAAAUGGCAUAGCUCUUUUAUGGGCACCAAGACCCUUCAAUACGCGAUCAGGAAGAACGAGGAGGGCAAUCGAUAUUCCUUUGGUAAAGUCUUGGUAUAGGGAACAUUGUCCUCCUGGACAACCGGUGAAGGUUCGCGUCAGUUACCAGAAACUGUUGAAGUACUUUGUUCUAAAUGCUCUGAAACACCGUCCGCCGAAGCCGCAGAAAAAACGCUAUCUGUUUCGAUCGUUCAAAUCUACAAAGUUCUUUCAAACAACGACUAUCGACUGGGUGGAAGCUGGAUUGCAAGUGUGCAGACAAGGAUACAAUAUGUUGAAUCUGCUUAUUCAUCGGAAAAACUUGAAUUAUCUUCACCUUGAUUACAAUUUUAAUCUGAAGCCAGUGAAGACCCUCACAACAAAGGAGAGGAAAAAGUCACGAUUUGGAAAUGCUUUUCAUCUGUGCCGAGAAAUUCUUCGGUUGACGAAGCUCAUUAUAGACUCCCAUGUGCAGUACCGUCUUAAUAACGUGGAUGCUUUCCAACUUGCUGACGGUUUACAAUAUAUUUUUGCUCAUGUCGGACAGCUUACAGGCAUGUACCGAUACAAAUACAAAUUGAUGAGGCAAAUCAGAAUGUGCAAGGAUUUGAAACACUUGAUUUACUAUCGCUUCAACACGGGCCCUGUGGGGAAAGGCCCCGGAUGUGGAUUCUGGGCACCAGGUUGGAGGGUCUGGUUGUUCUUUAUGCGAGGUAUUACACCAUUGUUAGAGCGAUGGUUAGGCAAUUUGCUAUCCAGGCAAUUCGAAGGAAGACAUUCGAAAGGAGUUGCCAAAACUGUGACCAAACAGCGGGUCGAAUCUCAUUUCGAUUUAGAACUUCGAGCUUCGGUAAUGCACGACAUUGUAGAUAUGAUGCCGGAGGGUAUCAAACAGAACAAAGCGAGGACGAUCCUUCAGCAUCUUAGCGAAGCAUGGAGAUCUUGGAAAGCGAAUACUCCAUGGAAGGUUCCUGGAUUACCCAUUCCUAUCGAGAAUAUGAUUCUUCGUUACGUAAAAAUGAAGGCUGACUGGUGGACCAAUACAGCACAUUACAACCGUGAGCGUAUAAGACGUGGAGCCACGGUUGACAAAACAGUGUGCAAGAAAAACUUAGGUCGCCUUACUCGACUUUAUUUAAAAGCUGAACAAGAACGGCAGCAUAAUUACUUAAAGGACGGUCCUUACAUUUCCCCCGAAGAAGCUGUUGCAAUUUAUACAACAACUGUACAUUGGUUGGAGUCUAGAAGGUUUGCUCCGAUUCCAUUCCCACCAUUGUCUUACAAGCAUGAUACAAAACUGCUAAUUCUGGCAUUGGAACGGUUGAAAGAAGCUUACAGCGUUAAAUCGAGGUUGAACCAAAGUCAACGAGAAGAGCUCGGGCUGAUAGAGCAGGCUUAUGACAAUCCUCAUGAAGCUCUUUCAAGAAUCAAACGUCAUUUACUCACUCAGAGAGCGUUCAAAGAGGUCGGAAUUGAAUUUAUGGAUCUAUACAGCCAUCUGAUUCCGGUAUAUGACGUAGAACCUUUAGAGAAAAUUACCGAUGCGUAUUUAGAUCAGUAUCUAUGGUAUGAAGCUGAUAAAAGACGACUUUUCCCACCUUGGGUCAAACCUUCGGAUACCGAACCACCGCCACUCUUAGUUUAUAAGUGGUGUCAAGGUAUCAAUAAUCUCCAAGAUGUUUGGGAUGUAAGUGAAGGCGAGUGCAACGUCCUCCUUGAGUCGAAAUUUGAAAAGUUGUAUGAGAAAAUCGAUCUUACCUUACUGAACAGGCUUCUGCGGCUGAUUGUCGACCACAAUAUUGCCGAUUAUAUGACCGCCAAGAACAACGUUGUUAUUAACUACAAGGACAUGAACCAUACCAACAGUUACGGAAUUAUUCGAGGAUUGCAGUUCGCGUCGUUCAUUGCGCAGUAUUACGGUUUGGUAUUGGAUUUGUUGGUGCUUGGUCUUCAAAGAGCGAGCGAAAUGGCAGGACCACCUCAAAUGCCCAACGAUUUCCUUACAUUCCAAGAUGUGGCUUCAGAGACCGCUCAUCCUAUCCGACUGUACUGCAGAUAUGUAGACAGGAUUCAUUUAUUCCUUAGGUUCUCAGCUGACGAGGCCAGGGAUCUAAUUCAACGAUAUUUAACGGAACAUCCUGACCCUAACAACGAGAACAUUGUUGGUUACAACAAUAAGAAAUGCUGGCCCCGUGACGCUCGCAUGAGGUUGAUGAAGCAUGACGUCAAUCUUGGCCGUGCCGUCUUCUGGGACAUAAAAAACAGAUUACCUAGAUCCACGACUACGAUUCAGUGGGAGAAUAGUUUUGUCAGCGUGUAUAGUAAAGACAACCCUAAUUUACUCUUCAACAUGAGUGGCUUCGAAUGUAGGAUUUUGCCUAAAUGUAGAACGACGCAUGAAGAGUUUACUCACAGAGAUGGCGUGUGGAACUUACAAAAUGAGGUCACCAAAGAAAGGACUGCUCAAUGUUUCCUCAGAGUGGAUGACGAAAGCUUGCAAAGGUUCCACAACAGGGUUAGGCAGAUUCUGAUGGCUUCUGGCUCCACGACGUUCACCAAGAUUGUCAACAAAUGGAAUACCGCCCUCAUUGGGCUGAUGACUUAUUUCCGGGAAGCUGUGGUCAACACGCAGGAAUUGUUAGACUUGCUAGUCAAAUGUGAGAAUAAGAUUCAAACGCGCAUUAAGAUCGGUCUCAACUCGAAAAUGCCUUCUCGGUUCCCACCGGUUGUUUUCUAUACGCCAAAAGAAUUAGGAGGUCUGGGAAUGUUAUCGAUGGGCCACGUGCUCAUUCCUCAGUCCGACCUGAGAUGGUCCAAACAAACCGACGUGGGGAUCACCCAUUUCCGUUCUGGUAUGAGCCACGACGAGGAUCAGCUGAUUCCAAACUUGUACAGGUACAUCCAACCUUGGGAAUCCGAGUUCAUAGACUCGCAGCGGGUUUGGGCCGAAUAUGCAUUGAAAAGACAAGAGGCUAAUGCACAAAACCGCCGACUUACCCUCGAGGAUUUGGAAGAUAGCUGGGAUCGCGGUAUUCCGAGGAUAAACACCUUGUUUCAAAAGGAUCGACACACUCUAGCUUAUGAUAAGGGUUGGAGGAUUCGAACGGAGUUCAAACAGUAUCAGGUCCUGAAACAAAAUCCAUUCUGGUGGACGCAUCAACGUCACGAUGGAAAGCUAUGGAACUUGAACAAUUACAGAACCGAUAUGAUUCAAGCUUUGGGAGGAGUCGAAGGUAUUCUUGAGCACACUCUGUUCAAGGGAACUUAUUUCCCAACGUGGGAAGGUCUCUUUUGGGAGAAAGCAUCCGGCUUCGAAGAGUCCAUGAAGUACAAAAAAUUGACCAAUGCUCAGAGGUCUGGUUUGAAUCAAAUUCCCAAUCGACGUUUUACUCUGUGGUGGUCUCCCACUAUCAACAGAGCCAACGUGUACGUCGGUUUCCAGGUCCAAUUGGAUCUUACGGGCAUUUUCAUGCACGGCAAGAUCCCAACGCUCAAGAUUUCUCUCAUUCAAAUCUUCCGUGCUCACUUGUGGCAAAAGGUUCACGAGUCGAUCGUGAUGGAUCUUUGUCAAGUAUUCGACCAGGAACUGGACGCACUGGAAAUCGAAACAGUACAAAAGGAAACUAUUCAUCCCAGAAAAUCAUAUAAAAUGAAUUCAUCCUGUGCCGACAUUUUACUGUUUUCUGCUUACAAGUGGAACGUUUCUAGGCCGUCUUUGCUGGCAGAUUCGAAAGACAUAAUGGACAAUACUACUACUCAGAAGUAUUGGAUCGACGUGCAGCUCAGGUGGGGUGAUUACGAUUCCCACGAUAUAGAGCGUUAUGCUAGGGCUAAAUUCUUGGACUACACGAACGACACCAUGUCUACUUAUCCAUCUCCUACGGGAUUGCUUAUCGCCAUCGAUCUGGCAUACAAUCUGCACAGUGCUUAUGGUAACUGGUUCCCAGGAUGCAAACCAUUGAUACAUCAAGCAAUGGCCAAAAUAAUGAAAGCUAAUCCUGCUCUGUACGUACUUCGAGAACGUAUCAGGAAAGCCCUACAGCUUUACUCCUCGGAGCCGACGGAGCCUUAUCUGUCAUCCCAAAACUACGGAGAACUGUUUUCCAAUCAAAUUAUUUGGUUCGUUGACGAUACCAAUGUGUAUCGAGUGACGAUACACAAAACAUUUGAAGGCAACUUAACUACCAAACCCAUAAACGGCGCCAUCUUUAUCUUCAAUCCUCGAACGGGGCAGCUCUUUUUAAAGAUUAUCCACACGUCCGUGUGGGCUGGACAGAAACGUCUCGGACAGCUAGCGAAGUGGAAAACGGCCGAAGAAGUGGCAGCCCUGAUUCGGUCUCUGCCUGUUGAGGAGCAACCCAAACAGAUCAUCGUUACCAGAAAAGGAAUGUUGGAUCCCUUGGAAGUGCACUUGCUCGAUUUCCCGAACAUCGUAAUUAAAGGGUCCGAACUUCAACUGCCCUUCCAAGCUUGUCUCAAAGUCGAGAAGUUUGGUGAUCUCAUUCUAAAAGCAACGGAGCCGCAGAUGGUGCUAUUCAAUCUAUACGAUGAUUGGCUGAAGACCAUCUCUUCCUACACGGCAUUCUCCCGUUUGAUUCUCAUUCUUCGAGCAUUACACGUUAACACUGAAAGAACAAAAGUCGUGCUGAAACCAGACAAAACGACCAUCACGGAGCCCCACCAUAUCUGGCCUUCUUUAACAGACAACGAAUGGAUCAAGGUGGAGGUACAAUUAAAGGACCUAAUUCUAGCUGAUUAUGGUAAAAAGAACAACGUCAACGUGGCUUCGCUCACUCAGUCUGAGAUUCGUGAUAUCAUCCUUGGUAUGGAAAUCAGCGCGCCUUCGGCACAGCGUCAACAAAUUGCUGAGAUCGAAAAGCAAACAAAGGAACAAUCGCAAUUGACGGCUACAACCACCAGAACCGUAAAUAAGCACGGUGAUGAGAUCAUUACCGCUACCACGUCGAAUUACGAGACGCAGACGUUUAGCUCAAAGACCGAGUGGCGAGUAAGAGCGAUUUCAGCUACGAACUUGCACUUGAGAACAAAUCACAUUUACGUAUCGUCGGACGACAUCAAGGAAACUGGUUACACGUACAUUUUGCCGAAGAAUGUGCUAAAGAAGUUCGUCACGAUUUCGGAUUUACGUGCGCAGAUUGCGGGAUACCUUUAUGGUAUCAGUCCACCAGAUAACCCCCAAGUAAAGGAAAUCAGAUGUAUAGUGAUGGCACCUCAAUGGGGCACCCAUCAAACCGUUCAUUUGCCAAAUUCACUUCCAAAUCAUCAGUAUUUGAAAGAGAUGGAGCCUCUUGGUUGGAUACACACGCAACCCAACGAAUUGCCACAAUUAUCUCCUCAGGACAUAUCUACUCAUGCGCGCAUAAUGGCUGAAAAUCCAUCAUGGGACGGUGAAAAAACCAUUGUCAUCACUUGCAGUUUCACUCCUGGUUCGUGCUCCUUGACAGCGUACAAAUUGACCCCAAGUGGUUUCGAGUGGGGCAAGCAAAACACCGACAAGGGAAACAAUCCAAAAGGCUACCUUCCGAGUCACUACGAAAAAGGACAAAUGUUACUUUCAGACCGCUUCCUUGGUUUCUUUAUGGUUCCAAGUCAAGGAUCGUGGAACUACAACUUUAUGGGUGUGAGGCACGACCCGAACAUGAAGUACGAGUUGCAGUUGGCCAAUCCUAAAGAAUUUUAUCACGAAGUGCAUCGACCGGCUCAUUUCUUAAAUUUCUCCAGUUUGGAGGAUGGGGGAGACGGCGUGGGCGCCGACCGUGAAGACGUGUACGCUUAAAAACAUAAUAAGCGUAGACCUUGCUAAGAGAUGAAUUGUACUGUACAGUUACAAAAGUGAUCGUACUCGUAAACGUCUAGACUUCUCAAGAUGAUGAAAAAUGAUAUAAUAUUUUUAAUAACAGUGCAGAAUACGUACACUUGCUCAGUAAAACGAUGCCAUUGUGUUGCAUCGAUUCGUCACAGUGGAGUUAUUACCAGAUUAUUGUUGCAAUUGGUUUCUUUCUUGCGGGACGUCUAAAAGUAAUCGAAUAAAUUAAUUUUCUGUUCUGUAAUUUAUUAACGACAAUAUAUGUCGGAUAGAAGUAAA